AUGACCGCACAAGCAAGCCGCACAGACUGGCUUCAGCGAUAUGCUACGAAUUACCAUUGCUGGCGAACCAUUGCUGGCACCAAGCAAACAUUUUUCAAGCGACCUCAUGGCUUGACCGAGGGUUGGUUCAGUUGGGAUGGUGACGACUAUCAGGGCCGCGCCGAUCUUACUUUUGUGUUCAACCUUGAGGUUUCACACGAUAUCGGAUACGGGCAGUUAAUUCGUAGGGCGAUAUUGGCAUGGGCGAAUUUACGGCUUCAACAUGUUAUGCUCAUGGCGAAGAUUACCGAGGAAGGCCCCGAUAAACAGAGGUGGUUUGUGAUACAGAAGCCUGAGGGCUUCGAGGAAGCGCUAAGAGAUGCUGAGAUGACUAUUGGGUGUUUAAAAGAGCGAGACUCACCUCUGGAUCUGACUGAUUUCCUAUUGCAUGCAAGCAAUACCGGGAGAUUACUGAACUCCAAAGUAAGCUUAUCGAAACUCUUCGUAGCUUCACCGGAGCGACUAUCACAAGACAAAUGUAAUAUGAAGUUCGCAUUUGCCAUGGGUCACGAGAUUACAGACGGUAUGUCUGCAUAUAAUUGGCUUUCACACUUUAUCCGGCUUUUGAAUACUUCUGAACAAAUACUCCUGGAGAAUGUAGACAAAUUUCGAACCCAGGAGCAAAUCAAGUCUCGACUUCCACCAGCCCAAGAGGAUCUAUACCUUGAGAUACCCGGUAACAAAGCACGUCAGCUCUGGUUCUGGGCCAUAUUGCGUGUCCUGCGUCACGUACGGAAGCCACUACCAGCAUGUUUCGUCAACCCCUUGCGAAAGGAAACAAGGUCGUCUCAAGACUUUGAGCCAAAAUAUCAAGAUAUCCUGGACUAUUCUAGGGAUCGCAAACCGCCUAACAAUAGCGGCUAUGUUCUAGUGGUCCUCUCGAAGUUGGCGACAGACCAUAUAAAGGCCAUUACACGUGAAUCAGGGGGGACCAUCGGUGCGGCAUGUUUCGCCCUUGUCGCACUUUCCAUGAUGGAACUAGAAGAAGAACGCCACCCAGACGUCCGUCCAGCAGAUCGGAAGCCAAUGAUCAUGUCAUUUCCCAUGAAUCCGAAGCCAUAUUUUGGUUAUACAAAACAGUCCGAGUCGUGUAUGCUCAGUUUCGGAGACAACUUCCUCCUGCCAUUCCUACCAAGUGACCUGGAAAGAACAGGUCGAUUUAGGUUACUAUUGAAGCAGUGCCAGAUCAAGCUCAGCUUGUAUCAAAAGCGUAUACGGAGCCCUUCGGGAAAGCUGAGCCUAGCGGCCUACAGUCCAUCAAGGCUGCUCGCGAAUGCGUCAUUGGCCACAAAUGGUGUGAGUAAUGUUGGUUCAACAAGACAAUUCUUCGAAGACGUAGCGCAUCAACCAGCGAAAGAGGCAAGUAACGAUUUGAACGCAAGGCUGACUUUCACACGCGGCGGAGUCAGAGCCAGAGAUGGUGAAUUUCUAGUAGGUAGCUCGACGGACGUGACAGGCCUUUUAUCCUUCGGAGUUUCAUAUGAUGCAAGUUGGAUUAGUGAUGGGUGUGUAGCAGAGUGGAAGAAAAAAAUGGAAUCGCUCCUGCUUCCCGAGGUUACAUCGCGCUUGUAA